AUGGAGGAUGCGGAGCUUGGUGGCGCGGACAUUGUCGACAACUGUGAGUACGCAUGGCCUCACACAUAUAUUCCUUCGGCUGAUCCUCAUGCAGUGAAGCUCUUCAUCGACCCGACAGUGGUACUGGUGAGCACAAAAUGCCAGGACGAGGUCAUGAACCGUCUCGACCCAGAAGCGAGAAAUCCAACAGCAUCAGUCGAUGGGCGCAGCGAUCAGACCAGAUUACCAUACUUACUCGAGUGUCGCUCGGCCGCAGAAUUUGGCUACGAGGCCGCGAGAACCAAGCUCGUCAAUCUACGCAUCGGUCAACAAGGCGGGCCUUCAGUCACUUAUGUCGUCCCGGGCGAUGUUGUCACCGAUGACUCUGGAGAUGGCCCCGAAGGCCUCGGCAGUCGUCAAGGUCAGCUCCUGCGUCUAUCAGGCUGGAUCAACAUGGAGAGCAGGCUCACCGUAGGAUGCGCUGGCGCUGUGCUUUCUUACAUACAGCGUCGCCGAGCCACCACCUAUUUGCCGGGUGACCGCAAUUCGGACGCCAUGUUCCGUGUCGGUACUGUGGAGAUGUUCAGCUUGCGGGAUUCCAUGUUCAUCAAUGCGGAUACUUUGCUCUCCCUGCAGAUCAUGUCCACCGAAGCUCAUCCAAAUGCUCAGCAGCAAGGCCCGGCGGGUAAGAAGAACUCAUCCGGAGGCUCAAAAGAAGGUCUAUCAGUCUAUGGCUUGUUUCAUCAAUUCGCAAAGACUCCUCAGGGUCGCCAUCUCUUGCGACAGUACUUUCUCCGCCCGAGCACAAACCUCGAAGUGCUCACACAGCGUCUCGAUACCCUUACUGUGCUCACCAGAUCCGACAACUUGGAAGUUCUCGAGCGUUUAACAAAAUCAUUUGCCGGCGUCAAGAACAUGCGAACUGCAACUAUCAACCUCCGCAAGGGCAUCAGCAGUGGAGCGAGCAAGAAUCGUGCCAUGUCGAACUCGGUAUGGUACAGCCUGCGCCUGUUCUUGUUCUCCUCGCUACAAAUUGGCACCGCUUUGCAAGAGCUUGCAGGAGGCGAGAGACUUCCGAUAUGCCUCAAGGUUGCCGAGAAAUUCGACAGACGUCAGCUAGCGCAGGUCGGACAGCUCAUCAAUGAUGUUGUCGACUUCGACGAGUCCAAGAUCCAGAAACGGACCGUCAUUCUGACAGGGAUCGACGAUAACCUGGACGAGGCAAAGCGUACAUAUGCAGGUCUUGAGGAGAUGCUGUCCCAAGUUGCUGUAUACAUCGCACAGCAGGUUUCAUCGGUUCUGGUGUCGAACGUAAAUGUCGUCUUCUUCCCUCAGAUCGGCUUCUUGAUAUCGACCGAGUUGGGCGGGAUGGCAGUCCCGUCGACGUAUACCGGUCCAGAAGAAGAUCCUUGGGAGAAGAUGUUUGCUUCCGAAACGCACACCUACUUCAAGAACAGCAACAUGACGGAAUUGGACGAACGUUUCGGUGACAUACAUGGUCAGAUCCUCGACAUGGAGAUUGAGAUUGUUCAAAACCUCAGCCAGCGUGUCCUCGAGUUUGAAGACAUGCUGAAUGCGACCUCCGAUAUAUGCGGCGAGCUGGACAGUUUCAUCGCUCUGGCUCGCGGUGCAAUCUUCCACAGCCUGUCACGACCUCGAAUUAGUGACGACAACAUCAUCGACAUCAAGAACGGACGUCAUCCUUUGCAGGAGCUGACGGUCUCUGCAUUUGUUCCAAACGAUACGCACAUCGUCGGUGGAUCCGGCCAGCAGCUUCAGGAACAGCUGUUAAGCGACGCAGAUCAGAGCGAAGACGAUCCUCGACAGACGACAGGCCCAAGUGUUCUGCUCAUGACCGGCCCAAACUUCUCUGGGAAGAGCGUCUAUCUCAAGCAAGUCGCAGUCAUCGUUUACAUGGCCCACAUUGGCUGUUUCGUGCCGGCAGACGCAGCGCGGAUUGGCCUGACUGACAAGAUCUUGACUCGUAUCGCGACGAGAGAAAGUGUCUCUCGGAUACAGAGCUCAUUCAUGAUCGACCUCCAGCAGAUCUCCAUCGCAUUGAAUCUCGCCACGCGCCGCUCGCUGCUGGUUCUGGACGAAGCAGGCAAGGGAACUGACUCAAACGACGGCGCCGGACUUGUGGCUGGCAUAUUCGAGCAUCUGCUCAACCGCGGUUCUCAGUGCCCAAAAGUCCUCGGAGCCACACACUUCCACGAAAUCUUCGAGUCUGGGUUCCUGAGUCCAUGUCCGGGCCUAGGAUUCGCCCACAUGGAGGUGCAUCUCGACGAAGACUCGUCCGAUAUCGAUGGUCAAAUCACGUACCUGUACAACUACCGGCAAGGCCGUAGCUCCUCCAGUUUUGGUACACGCUGUGCGGCGAUGAAUGGCGUCGACCAUCAGAUCGUGCAGAGAGCCGAAGAGCUCAUUCUGAUCGCCGCUCGGGGCGAGGAUCUCGUCGAUGCUUGUGCAGCACUGCCGAAUAGUGAAUUGAUGGAGUUGACCGAGGCGGAAAACUUGGCUCGCGCAUUCCUCGAAAUUGACGAGUUUGAAGAUCCACGUCGCCUUCUCGAAGACCUGAUGUCUGCCAUGGGUUCGUCAGAACAGAAGACAUCUGUCUGA